UUUGAAAUCAAUCUCAUGUCAUUUUGUUUUUAACAUUUUAUUUUGUUCAUAAAUAAUAAUUGCAAACGUUUUUUAAAGUGUUAACGAAAAUUUGCGUAAACAAUGUCGGUGGUUAUAGAAACCACAAUCGGUGAUAUUACAGUAGAUCUUUUUACCGAAGAAAGACCUGUAGCCUGUUUAAAUUUUAUGAAAUUGUGCAAGCUAAAGUACUACAAUUAUAAUCUUUUUCAUACUAUCGAACAAGGUUUUAUUGCUCAGACCGGUGACCCAACUGGAGCCGGAGAUGGCGGCAGUUCAAUAUGGGGUGUUGUCGAAGGACAACAUAAAAGAUUCUUUGAAGCAGAAAGUUUACCAAAAAUCCAUCAUACAACAGCUGGACUUUUGUCGCUGGUUGGAGCCGGAAAACAUUUGGUGGGCAGUCAGUUUUUCUUUACACUAGGAGAGAAUUUAACAUCUUUGGAUGGUCAACAUUGUGUGAUUGGCGAGGUUGUAGAGGGUCAUGAAGUGCUUAGGCAAUUAAAUGAAUCUAUAGUAGACGAAAAAUUUCGUCCCUACCAAGAUAUUAGAAUAACACAUACGGUGAUACUGGAGGAUCCUUUUCCAGAUCCUAGAGGCUUUCGCGAACCUAGUCGUUCUCCCUCGCCUAGUGCUGAGAGAUUGAAAAAUGGUCGUAUCGCUGCCGAUGAAGAUAUUGAUGACACCGAUGGUAAGACCAUGGAAGAGAUUCAAGAAAUGCUGGCUGAACGUGAAGCCAAAGCUAGAGCUACAAUUUUGGAAAUUGUAGGCGAUUUGCCAGAUGCUGAAAUGGCACCUCCAGAAAAUGUUUUGUUCGUUUGCAAGUUAAAUCCAGUUACAAAUGAUGACGAUUUGGAAAUUAUAUUCAGUCGCUUUGGAAAAGUUAAAGGAUGUGAAGUUAUACGAGAUCGUAAAACUGGUGAUUCUUUACAAUACGCAUUUGUGGAAUUUGAAGAGCAAAAAUCGUGUGAAGCAGCCUAUUUCAAAAUGGACAAUGUUCUAAUAGAUGAUCGUCGCAUACAUGUGGACUUUUCGCAGUCUGUGUCGAAAGUGAAAUGGAGAGGCAAAGGCAGAGGCAUUGAGGGCGAUAGCAAAGGACUAGACUUUAAUAAUUUAAGAGAGAAGGGGGAAAAACGAAAUGGCGAUAAAAGAAGAGACUACGAAGAAAGAAAUUUUAAUUCGGCAAGAAAUAGGGAAAGGGGGCAACGUGAUCAGCAUAAAAGAUUAUCACGGUCUCGAUCUCAUGAAAGACAACGCAUGUCGUCUGCUGAAAGGCGUAAAGCACGUGAAGAACGUCAUCGUGAGCAAGAAAAACAACGACGAAAAUCAAGAUCACGAUCUCGUAAUCGAUCGUUAGAAAGAAGUGACAGAAGAGAAAAGGACAGGAAUUAUAACCAUAGAUCGGAGAAACAAGAAAAACUGCGAAGAAGGUCAAGAUCACGAUCACGCAACCAAUCGAAUGAAAGGAGCAGUAGAAGAGAUAUGGACCGAAGUCAUUACAAUAGAUCAGAAAACGGAAAACGUGACGAAAAAUAUUUACCAAACAAAAGGUAUAAUGAGAGAACACGAUAUUCUCCAGAACCAAGUUAUACUAGACAUAGAUCACCUGAUCAAAGGCAAACACAUAAGCCAACUUUAGAACGUAAAAGAGCGCAGAGCUCUCCCGAGCAUAAUAAAGAAAAUGGUCCAAAAACUUCGAAAAAACACAAAAAACAGGAACACAAGAAAAAGUCCAAGAAAUCGAAACAUGACACAAGCAGCAGUGACGAAGACACCUCUGCUGAUAGCGAUACGUCGUCGGAAAGUUCUGAAACAAGCUCAAGUGAAUCUGAUAGCUCUUCGGAAGAGGAACGAAGAAAAAAGAAGAAAUCUAAAAAGAGUAAACAAAAGAAAAAUAAAUCAAAGAAAAGUAAAACUAAAAAACAUAAGAAAUAAAUUCAAAAAUAAUAUAUUUUUUAGAAAUUUAUCAAAUUUUCAAUAACAAUACACAAGG